AUGGCUCAAAUCGAAGUCAACCUCAGUAUCCUGUCUCAAUCCGCAAACAAAACCGUCUUAAUAACCGGUGCAGCCCGCGGCAUUGGCGCCGCAACAGCAGCAUUGUUCAAUCACCACGGAGCAAACGUAGUAAUCGCAGACCUGGCCCAGUUCCAGGAGACGGCUGAACAUCUGAUAGUGUCAACAUUCACGAAUCCACAGCGUGCGAUUUUUGUUCCAGGAAAUAUCGUUGACUGGGCGCAGUUGACGUCUUGUUUCAAGACCGCCAUUGAGAGAUUCGGGGAUCUUGACGUUGUUGUUGCAAAUGCGGGGAUUAUGGAGUCGAGUCCCGUUCUGGAUAUGGAUGUUGAUGAGAAUGGGGAUUUACCAGAGAAUACCGAUGCCGAGAGGGUAAUUGAUGUUAACUUGAAGGGGACAUUGAAUAGCAUUUCUGGGACAGCACUUCGACUAGGGCUCUUUUACAUGAAACAACCGAGCAACGUGACGUCGACACGUUCCAAAUCAACAGUCUUGAUCGGGUCGACAUCGAGUUAUUUUGGCGGCACUGGUGUCGCAGCUUACGUUGCUUCGAAGCACGGAGUGCUAGGUCUUCUUCGUGCAUCUCAAUCUACAGCUCGUGACCUCGGAGUGCGGGUUAACGGCAUUGCGCCCUUCUUUACCCCGACGCAUAUUACGGCUGGAUUUUCGCGGAGAUGGAAAGAUCAAGGUCUUGAGGAGAAUACGCCUGAGCGUGUGGCAGAAGCUAUUGCGUUUAUUGCUUUGGAUGAGAGUCGACAAGGAGAGUGUGUUUUGGUUGCUGGGAGGUAUCUUCGAGAACUUGAGUCAGCCAGAAUGAAGCUGCUGCCUGAGUGGAUUGGAGAAGAAGUUGCAGAAUUUAUGGGGCGCGCCAUGCAGUUUUUUGUCAGUAUUGGAGGGUAUGUACUGCCCAAGAAAUACUAA